AUGGGGGAGUCUGAACCRGGCCAGCUACAUCCUAAAAAGAUGGAGGGGUCAACGGUGAGAGAUUGGUGGCAUACACAGUACAGACAGUUAUCACAUUACCUGGCCCUGCUCUGUUUCCUGCUGACUGUGGCCACACUCCUACAGACCUUCUACCGGGUCGCGGGGGUCAGACUCAAAGACCUGACUCAGAAGCCGAACACCCUGAACAACUCCUACCUCCUCCUCUUCCACAAGUACCCAGCACUCAACCUGUACAGUCCUGUCACCACCCCCAGUGAGCGUGAGUGCAGGCCGUGCCCAGAGGGAUGGAUGUCUUUUGGGGAGAGAUGCUGCCUCUACACCCAGGAGAGACAGAACUGGAUCUCCAGCCAGUACCACUGCGCGUCUGUAGGGGGCAACCUUGCCACGGUGAAGAGUGAGGAGGAGCAAAUCUUCCCGUGGAAGAGAGCCAAGGAGCUGAGCCAGGGAGACUCCUACUGGAUCGGCCUGAAGAACGGUAACCCAGGCGGGGCUGACAACUCCCUGGUGGAAAAAGGGUUUUGGGAUAUUUCUUGGUAUCACGAGCCAGAGAAGGGGGACACCAGAGAGCUGUGUGCCCGGCUGUCGCAAGGAGACAGCCACAGGGCCGGUUGGUACGCCACCAUGUGUAAGAACAGCCUGAAGACCAUCUGUGAGGACCCAGGGCACCCUGCAGUGACAUUUCCUUACUCUCCUCUUCUGAGAUAG